AUGCAGGACAUCUGGUCAUACUUCGUGGAUAAACUGUGGCUACACAAUGUCAUCUGGCUUAAAGAAUUUAUAAGGUUUGAGAACAAGUCUACUGCUAUUAACCUUGAAACGGGGGUUAUUCAUGUUGAUCUGAUCAAUAUGCUGAAGAAGUGGUGCGACUCUGAGGAGAAACUAGCUGUUGGAAGGGCUGAAUAUAAAAUGAUAAUUGAAAGGAAGAUGGAAAUCACCUGUCUGUAUGAUCAAAAUGUAGAGGAGGUGAUGUGGGGUCUGAAGAAUAACAUGCAAUUUUUAGUGCCUCAAGAAAAAACAAAGCUGACUGAGAAGGAUUGUGUCCCCAUCAGCAAAGGACUUGAGCGGUUCUUAAUUCAGUAUAAAAUUGAUAUGAACCCAGAGAUGGUUAAUGUGCAUGUUGCUCAGCAGGCUGGCAUUAUCCAUCGUACUGAUUUAGCAUUAAAGAAGCACUCUGCAUUCUUUAAACUUGUUGGUGAAUCUCUUAAGAGUAUAUCAGACAUUGACAGUAAGGACUGGUGCUCAAUCAAACUUGCAACAGCUGCGGUGAUGAUAUGUCAUCCUGACAAAAUACCUAAAUACGCAAAGAUGGUCUCACCAGACGAGUACUCAAAGAUAAAAAAGGAUGCAUCCAGAUAUGAAGACGUGAUAAAGGAGAUCGAUACAUGGCUAGUCUACAGAGAUGUUGUCUUUCUCAGUGAAAAGAAGUCCAAAACUAUGAUGAAAUUUCAUUGCUUGAUAAGAGAGGCAAGCUCUUGAGGAUAGUACAGGUGUGAUUGACAUGUCAUCAAGUCCAGUACCAACAAAAAUGAAAUUUGUGCCAGCCGGAAACGAAAUGAAGCAAGAUGAAUCUACAUCUCCAAUGUCAGAUGAUUACAUUAGUGCAAAUAAUGUGGACAAAGGAGAUGGAAGGAGUACAACUAAAGAGAUGAAGGAGAUUCUUGGUGAAAGGAGAGUAUGAUUGAAGACAUUAGUGCAAUGAAGUUGCAGAAAGGAUUUAAUGUGCACCAUGUUGAAGAACAGAAGCAGAGAGGAGUAGCAAACGAUGUGACUGUAGAAGAGACCAUAGGUAACCCUGAUGGAAAGAUACAAACUAAAGAUGCUAGUGAGGAGAUACAAACCAAAGUCAACAGCACAUAUAUGAAUCUAGCGAAAUUGACCUAUGACAGUCACACAGAGAUGAGUGCAAGUGAAGCAUCCAGCAUGGCAAAUGUGAUGGAAAAUAAUCAGUCUGAAAAAGCUAGUGUGAAGGGGGUGAGAGCAGUGCCAAGAAUGAAGAACCCUGGUGAAAAGAGUAGCACCGAAGACAAUAGUGCAUAGAAGGUGGAGAAACAAUUUGAUUCGAAGCAUGUUGAAUACCAGAAGCAGAGUGGAGGCACUAGUGCAAAUAAUGUGACAACAGAAGAGAGCAUUGAUGGGAAGAAGCGAACAGAAGAUGCUUGUUUGAAGGAGAUAAAUGGAGAUGAUGCUGAGAAGCUAACUGAAGUCAAUAGCACAGAUAUGAAUCUGGCGAACUUGACCUAUGACAGUCACACAGAUAUGAGUGCAAGUGAAUCAUCCAGCAUGGGAAUGUGAUGGAAAAUAAUCAGUCUGAAGAAGCUGGUGUGAAGGGAGUGAAAGCAGUGCCAAGAAGGGAUCCUAGUGAAAAAAGUACCACUAAAGACAUUAGUGCAAGGAAGGUGGACAAAGAAAAUGAUGUGAAGCACGAUGAAUACCAGGAGGAGGGUGGAGGCACUAGUGCAAAUCAUGUGACCGUGACCACAGAAGAGAGCAUUGAUAGAAAGAAGCGAACAGAAGAUUUUUGUUUGAAGGAGAUAAAUGGUGAUGAUUCUGAGAAGCUAACCGAAGAGAGUCUCAUAGAGAUCAAUGCAGUACAUGACCCUGAAGUCAAUAAGCUUGCUGAUAAUACUGGUGCAAAGGAAGAGAGUGAAGGGUCCAGCAGAGAAAAUGUGAUGGACAAUAAUCCAGCUGAAGAAGCUGGUGCGAAUGGAGUGAGAACAUUACCAAGAGUGGAGAAUCUUGGUGAUAACAGUAUGCCCAAGGACACUAAAGUUAUUAUUAAGAGAUACAGACGUAGCAAGUGGUCCUGGCGCCAUUUAUUUGCGGCCCAUGCGGUGCAGUGAGGCUGGUUUCGUCUCAGGUGCAACAUUACCGGUUGCGCUGUUUCUUGUCAGUGUGGGAAUUAGCCUGGUGGCGUUUUCCAUGUAAGUGGAUUAUGAUAGGGAAACAGUUACUAUCUAUAGUCUGAUAUGAAGGAUUCGUCAGACCUAUCAACUGUCGUAGAUUCUAUUUGAA